AGAAAGCAGAGAAGGUGGUAGCUGCGGUUGGGGCCCGCGCGUUUCUAAGUCCAGCACUAGAGCUGGGCUGAGCUGAACUGAACUGAACUGAACUGAACUGCAAGUCACAGGCACCUGUACAGACAUGUGGUUGCAAAUCCUUUGGAGUGUCCGGUCCUUUAAAUGUCCCUGGAGGAGUGUAAUUCUGGCCCCGGCUGCUCUGGGAGCUGGAGGGCUUCUGGUUUGUUGGCUCCUGUCUAGACGGAAGAUCAAGACUCUAGAAAUGGGAGAUGGAUGGUGGGGCUCAGGCGAGAGACCCCCAAGAGAGAAAGAAGAUGAGAGAAUCCGAUCCUUCCAAAUUGAAACAUCUGACAGGGAAAUUCAGGAAUUGCACCAGCGCCUGGACCAGGCCCGCUACACACCACCACUUGAGGGAGUUGCCUUCCAGUAUGGUUUCAACUCCACCUACCUACAGAAAGUUAUUGCCUAUUGGAGGAACCAGUUUGACUGGCAGAAGCAGCUGGAAAUUGUGAACCAAUAUCCACAUUUCAAAACAACUAUUGAAGGGAUUGAAGUCCAUUUUGUCCAUGUGAAGCCCCCUGGCAUCCCAAAGGGUCAGGCAGCCAGGCCUUUGUUGAUGGUGCAUGGCUGGCCUGGCUCUUUCUAUGAGUUCUAUAAGAUCAUCCCACUGCUCACUGACCCAGCUGGGCAUGGCCUGAAUGAGGAUGUGGUGUUUGAGGUCAUCUGCCCAUCCAUCCCAGGCUAUGGCUUCUCCGAGGCACCUCACCAACAAGGUUUUGACACGCUGGCUGCUGCUCGGAUAUUUCACAAGCUGAUGCAGAGACUGGGUUUCCAGGAGUUCUAUGUACAGGGAGGAGAUUGGGGCUCUCGGAUCACUGUAAACAUGGCCCAGAUGCUGCCAAAGUCCGUGAAAGGGCUUCAUCUGAAUUUUGUCUUCAUCAUCUCGGGAGGUUUGGGGAGGCUGGUGUCUUUACUGCUGGGGGCUUAUGUGCCAUGGCUGGUGGGCCUCACCAGGGAAGACUCCCGCCGUUUAUACCCAUACUUGGAGAAGAACGUGUAUGAACUUCUGCGAGAGACGGGUUAUUUGCACAUCCAGGCCACCAAGCCAGACACAGCAGGCAGUGGACUAAACGACUCCCCCAUGGGACUUGCUGCAUACAUUCUGGAGAAGUUCUCUACCUGGACUGAUAGAUCAUUCCGGGACAUGGACGAUGGAGGUCUGGAGAGGAAAUUCUCUAUGGAUGACCUUUUGACCAAUGUGAUGAUUUAUUGGGUAACUUCAUCCAUUGUGCCCUCAAUGCGCUUCUACAAGGAGAAUUUUUCCAAGAACCCCAACACUGCUCCCGAUACCAGGAUUGGAGUGUACGUACCCACUGGCAUUGCUGCUUUCCCCCAGGAGUUGGCACAUUGCCCACGCUCCUGGGCAAAGAAGUUGUUGAAGAACAUAGUUGUCUACUCCUACAUGCCACGUGGGGGGCAUUUUGCUGCCUUCGAGGAACCAGAACUCCUGGCACAGGAUAUCAGGCAGUUGGUCAGAAAGGUGGAGCAUCUGUGAGCCAUGAGCAAGCGGGGGGCAGUAUGGGCACACAUUGCUAGACCACUAGCCUGAGGUAAUUAAUAACUGCAUUUCCGAUAACACUUUAUAAAGCCAAAUAUCCAUUUGCUUGGUAGCUGCAGCCAUCAAUCUCAAAAAAAUGCCAGAUGGUUAAAAAUCAAUUUCUAGAGCUUUUAAUUUAAAAAUAACCAUUAAAUUCCCACUGAAAG